ACCUGCCUGUGGGGAGUGGCUUUGGAGGGAGUGCUGGACGAAGUGGGUGGGAUUAUUUCGGUUUGAUACUUUCAAAAUCUGGCUGUCUCUUGCUAGUUUCUCCAACGUUACCUACCCUAGCUUCACAUGAUUCAAGUUAAAUAUUUGACUGAUUUGAACAAAAUAGGACACGAAGAAAUACUAAAAAACAAAUAAUAAAUGUGUAUUGAGAUUGUUAUUUAACAAUGCAGAAUAAUUAAAACAAAUGUAUUUAUUUACUAGCUAGUUUACUUACUUACCCAAUGCGUGGAGAUGAAACUGAGGUUAGCUAGCUAGCUAAUACAAUAAUUAACAUUAUGGCUUUUUCGCUAGCUAACAAGUUAACAUAUUAAAAGAAGGCUUUUAACUAAAUCAACAUGAUACAAAACUGCAAUGACAUUUCCAAGUGCACAGGUAGGAAUGUUUUUUGUGUGUUUUUAAAAGCUAACAUGACUAACUUAAAGUAGCAUUACAUUUGCUAAUCCAUGAUGUGUUGUGUCUUGUAUGGAUUUGGAUUUGCUGUGGCUCUACCGUUUGCAUUUCAGCAGCAGCAUCUUCAUUUAUUUUAUGUUGGGGAAGUGAAAUAUUUAUGCGAACAUGAUUAGAUUUAGCUGAGAAAGAGUUGCCAGGGUUCACAGUGAAUAAAAGCUAAAGGCUAACUUAGGCUAAUUUUGCAUUUGUAAUUCUUGUCUUGGUUUUUAGUGGAAUUUGCGAUUGCUGCAGACGUCUUCAUUCUACAGAGCCCCCAAUAGGGCAUGGUGGGAAUUUUUUUUAUGAAGUUCUUUUUGUAUUGUGUAUUAUACAGUAGACCACAACACAGUGGGCACACCUUCAGUUGUGGCUAGCUCAGGUGCAAGUCUGUAUGAUUGCAGCUGGAUAGAUAACUAGCGGAGCUAGUGAACCUACCGACUUCUGCCAAGGCUGGUUGAGACAGGCUGUACAGUAGCUGUAAUUAUGAUUAUAACCAGGGGAUGACAUAUCUUUGGCUGGCAUAUCAUUGUGGCUGUGCAUUGGUUGUCGUGAUUAUGACUGUGACAUAUUAGUUCAUAAUGGGUGUAACACUAACUAUAUGCAGGAGUUGUGUGUGUGCAUUGAAUUGAUAUGGUUGUACUGGCUGAGCGUUGUAUUGAAGCUACUGUAUUCCUGUAUAACACAUCUGUCAUAUCUGAUAGAGUUCAAAUCCUGUUUGUUUUAAAGAAGCUUCCUUGGCUAAUGGUAAUAGGAGCAGUAGUCACAGUACUGCUAUAGAGCCAUAUCCAGAGAAUCACAGAUUCAACCACAAAUGCAGCCGUAGUCCAAGCAAUAAUCAUAUGCACAGCUACAACUUCAACCACCACAGCCAGGCAGAGCCGCUGCAGUUGUGCUCACAGCCAGUGGCUGCAUACUGUCGGAGCUCCGCCUUUUGAAAGGAGUAAUGAGCAAUAAAUGCAUAAUGCAAAGUUUCACAUCAUCUCUUCUUUCUGUGGUAUCUGUAGAGCGUUUCCCUAAACUGGCAGUCUAUAACAACACACUGUUCCUAUGAGGGGGAAUGCAACAUGUAUUGCCAGGGAACGCAAAAGUAGUUAAAAAAAAUUCCCAACAUGACCCUCUGGGGGCUCCAUAUCAUUCAGCAACUGAAGCAAUUGCCUAACAUUUUCUUGUUGACUUUUAGCUAGUUUUAUGUCCAGAGUCAUGAUCUUUAACCUCCCUCUGGAGGUACAUAUUGAAAAACACACCACACAGUAGACUGCAAAAUUUUAAAAAUUGCGGUUUUAAACAAUAUAGGCUAACUAAUCACAUUUUAAGAUUGCAUUACACAUAGUUAGGAAAGACACUGGGUUGUAUGUUGCCUUUCAUGUCAGUAGCAACCAUUAAAAAUAAUUAGGAUUUAAUUGCACAGAAAACACCAAAAAUCCCCAUGUCAUUAGAGUGGCCAACCUUAUACAGCUACUUGCAAGCUGCAGCUAAAUAUGUUUUGGCAUAGAAUCAGAUGGCCCAAAACUCCUGGAGUUCCCCUUGGUAAAAUAUAAUACUUGGGCAGGUGCAUGCAGUCUUGUCUUACAACUCUGAGGUGUAUGAGCUGAAUUUUAGAGCCAUAAUGCUGUGCAAAUGGUACAUUAAUUUGCCAGAAGUGAAUAUAUUGAAAGCGCAGUAACCUCUCUUACCAAUCAAGCGCUCUGAUUGGUGAGAGAGGUCACCUAUGGUAAAACAUCUAUAUUCAAAAUAUAGGUUUUAUGUAUUUUUGGCUUGGCCAGAAUGUGGAAAUUAGUUUGGUCCUUCCUCGAUGUAGUCUCCAUAAAAAGCAUCAACUAUGAGGACGUGGGUGUUGUGAUUAUAGUAUUGUCUUUCUGCGGCAUUGAUCAUUUCCAGUUGUUGCCCAGCAACAUAAUAAUGCUGCCUACAUUUGUUUGGGUUGCAUAUCUGACAACCAAUAAAGCAGUCUAUACCAUAACCCCAUUUGCAAAUAAAUUUCGAAUUGUAAAUUCUGUUCUGACAGCGGCAUAAAGAGGAACCAAUAUGAUUUCUUAUUAUUUUGACCUGUCAUAGCUGGACUGGACCAACACGCUAACUUUAAUUCCAGUGGAUUAAGGGGAAUGCAAACAAUAUUGCAAGGGAAUGCAAAAGUUAUUGUGAGGGAAUGCAUGUAUAGUUCAGAAAAAAAAAAUCCCACCCUGACCCUUUACACAGUACAUUUUGUACUGCAAAAAUCUGUGUUGCCAAGUUUGCAAGUUUUGGCAGUGAGUGCCACGAGACUCAAGCAUACAAGCAAUGUGUGGGACCACUGGACUAAAACCAUGAGGUAGAAGUGGCUUAAAGCUGCAUAGAGCUGGAUAAUUAGCGGCUAACUGAUUCUCAGUUGGUUCGGCACCACUGGUAACCAUUUCAUAUUACACACCAAUUCAAGGUCAGCAUCAAAAAUAUUCUUUAAUGGAGCUUUACAAGGUCAUUAACCUCGUACCAGGUUAGUGAGCACUUUGAGUGAUUCUGUUGAAACUAAUAACUCACAGAGGUAGAAUAGUUGUCAGAAAUACUGAUUUAUUCACAUAAAUACUUUACCUUAAAUUAUAAUACCAGCAGAAAUGAAACUUGGACCUUACGUUUGGUGCUGCCUCAAUGCGAGUGUUGGCAAAACUGUACAAGUGCAAUGGUUAACUCGGAGUAGCAGGAUUUCAUGGCUAAUAUGCUAAAUAUGUGUUAGCACUGAUCCCAACUUCCCCUACAGUCUGCACCAUACUACACUGCAGUCUUACAGACUGUAUUGCAGAAUCCACAGUAUAACCUCCUGAAACAAAUGAGGGCUUGUAUUACGGGUAGGAGGCUAGAAGCACAGAUUUGACCAUGCCAGUUCGUGUACAGUUAGCAGUCAUUAAUUUUUCGCUGGAAACAGGAAGAAAGAGACACGCAGAAGAAGAGAACCGCAGGCGCAGACAAGCGUCGGCAGAGCUUCCACAGCUGCCUCUCCACCAGCACAGUUUGGUGUAGACUUUCAAGAUGGAUGCUUUCGCCUCGAUAGGUUUCUCUUUCUUUUUCGAUACGGACUGUACAUGCGUCUAUCGCUCCUGCGUGUCAACUGGAGAGCUUUCAUAACGGAUUUACCACGUGUGAAACGAUUUUUAAAAAACACAACUAUUUUCAACGAAGGGCAAUGGAGGGACGACAGACUGAAUAAGUGUUCAGCAAUGGAAAGUGGGAAUGGUGGAGCCUCGAGUAAAGGUGUUUUAGUACCUGUGUCAGCAAGUUCUGACGUCUUUCAAAUCAAAAUUUUGGCUCCACUUAAAAGUGCGUACUUGUAUGAAGAGUCUAAGCAGUCCUUCGGCUAUACGUCCGCUGUCUUGAUAAAGAAUCCCGCAUUGGAAGAAAAGUAUAAUGCAUUCCGAGCAAAGAGAAGAGAAGUAGGAUAUUCAGAGGAGGAUCUGAAGGAAUCCUAUGGGUUUUUGCUGUUUGAUGAUGUCAACAAGGCUAAUGAACUUGGAGAAACUGGUGUGCUCACUGGAAACAGCACAUGCACAACUCUGGGCGAUCCCUCGAAAGGUGUUUACAUAUCUAUGUACUCUGACUGUUUGGAUCUAAAUCGCUGGUAUCAUGGGAAAUCUGGAUACAUUGCCAUCAUCAGGCUGACAAAGGGUAGAGUUAAAAAGGUUUUAGAGAACUACACCCAGAAUUUUACUGCACCCACUGAGGGGUUUGACUGCCAUGUGUCAGAACAGUUGCCUUCAGUAUCUGCCAAAACCAGCUCCUUUCUUGCCUUUGAGAGAACCCAGUAUUACAUGUACGAGCUGCUGGAUGAUGGAAGCAAUAAGACGACUCAGUCUCCCAGCGCUGCCUGUCCUUUUGCCAUUGUAUCAUUUUCAUAUACGGAUAUCAAAGCAACACUUGUAGCACCACAGGAGAAAAGUGAAGAGAAAAAACUGGAAAACGGGACUGUUAUGAAUAUGCACAUCAUGUCUUUUGCAGUCUCUCAUUAUUUUCUGUGGAGGGGUCAGCUUCAGAUAGGCACCCAGUUCUAUGAUGUUGGGCUGAGGUCUACAGCAGGGGCCUUGAUCCCUGCAGAACUGCCACCAGUGGUGAAAGUUGACAGAUGCAUUUCCAUGUUAGAUCUGAGACAGCUGUUGCCAAGGGCUGUCUUUGAAACCUACUUCUCUAGUGAAGUUUUUCUGGAUGGUUUAUACUGCAGUCUGUGUGAGGUGGUUUCUUCUGAGGCAGAAGAAACCAGCUCACUCUCUCUUCUUCUGUCGGAGAUCAAGGAGAAAGAUAUUGCUCUCACUUUUCCACUGUACGAUGGUGGUUUUCUUAUCCUGUUGCACUCCUCCCAUUUCCUCACAUAUGAUGAUACUGGGUCCAGUGCAACUGAGGUCCUGCAAAGCAUGUUUGUAUUUCCAGACUCACGAGUUAUGCAGAGAGGUACAAAAUUUGGACAGAGAAAGGCUGCCAUGUCAUCUGACAUCCUGCGGGUUCUACCGGUACUAAGUUAUGCAGAGGGCGAAGUUGAGAAAACACCCAUUGACCCAAGUGAAGAACUGUGUGAAGUAUUAGCGCAUCAUAUGCAGAGUUACGUAGCACUGAUAAAUCCUGGGUUGGCAUUAAGUCCCUCUAGGGAAGUCAGCAUCUUUCCAGAUCAGUAUGAUGUGCCGGAUGCCCACAAGCACCUCUACUCAUCACCGGAGUGGACUAACGGGGCAUGGCAGAGCUUCAAAUCAUACUUGAGCAAACCAGUCUCUUUCCAACUGCCAGUGUCCAAGGCUUCAGAAAUCCUGGCGGCUGGACAAGAGGAGCGAAUAGAAGACCUUGAUGAUGAUGUCUACAUCUGUCUGUCAUCUCCUGAGGAGGCACCAGCCAAUCCUGUUAGCACUGGAUUAGAAGAUCAGUUGACAGGCCAGAAAUCUCCUGUAAAUGUUGAGACUGUGGACAGUUGUAUAACAAGUUCUGAAGCAAAAGCUGACUUAACAGCUGUGCCUCAAAAUGUUGUACCAGAUGAUUUGCAAGCUGGAGAUACAAACAAAGACCUGACUGCGCUGAUCAAAACUGAUGAUAUGGGGUCAAAACAUCUCCUGACUCCCUCUACAUCAGAUGACCUUCCAGCAGAGCUGAUUGUCAGCAUCACUUCAGCAGAGCGAACUGUCACUUGUGAGAGUUUAAGUCUGGUCAGUACUGAGUCUGCAACAAAGCAUAAUGACUUUCAGCUUACUGGUUUUUCAACAGCCAAAUUACAAACGGCCGGAGUGAACUCUCUGAAUGGUGUGACUGUUAACACCAAAAAGGUUUUGGAUUGUCAUGAGGUCACCAAUCUCACAAAAACAAAACGUAGGAAACUAGGCAGAGGACAUUCCAAACGUCGGAAAAAGGUAUCUAAAGCCUGUGUUGAGACUUCCAGUUUACAAACAGUCAAAAUACCAGUGGAGGUUGACAACUUGAAGAGUCAGAAGGAAGACCAGGGCAAGGAAUCAUCUGGCCACCCACAGUUGAGUAAUCCUUCAAACACUGACUGGAGGAAAGUACGAAGGCGAAAGCGCAAAUUUGGAAAACUAUCGUCAAAUAAUAAAAAAGUGAGAUCUGCUACUAUUGGUCUAGCAGUAGCAGAGGAGAACAAAUCUGACCCUGGACAGCAGAGCUUGGAAAGCACCAUUUUAAGGGAACUUGAAGCUUGUCCUCUGAGAAGGAAAAUGCUGCGCUGGGACUUAAAGCCGGUUAUCAGCGAAUGUGGAAGAAUCUUGGUUCCUCAUGGCUGUACAGAUAUUGCUGAUCAGAUCAAGACUUUAAAGGAUAAAUUUCACUAUACAAAAGAUGAAAAGUGCCCUGAAAAAAUGUUGGUUGACGCCCCUGUGAAUGCAAAUGACACAGUUGAAAUGGAGCAAGAGUUUAGUACUGCUCCAGAGACAGGAGUGGACGAAACAGAGGCUACAACAUCCAAGUAUCAAGGGAACCAUCUUCAAAACAUUGUUGUCAGUCACAUUAAUCCUGAACACAGCAUUUUGAGACAGUCAGAUCAUGGCAAUUGUUCAAUGACUUUGAAUCCGGUGAGUAGGGAGCAUUCUUCAAAGAAUGAUGGCACCAUACAUCCUCCCUCAGAAGCAGUUAAAGAAAAACACACUGAUACCCUCUCCCCAGGAAAAUGUGCAACAAAGGGUGAAUUUCUGUUGAGUAAACUAAAAUCAGUUCUUCUACUGGGAAAGAGAAAAACAGGUCACCUUGUGUCAGAACAAAUGACUGCAGAUACUGCCCAAGAUGCUGGGCCUUGUCUCAAGAUGAGCAAAGCUGACUCAGACACUGGGAUGCUGAAGAGUAAUGAUGCAAUUACCAGUGUCCAGGACACCAAUGUGAAGGGAGUUUCAAAGAUGCUGUCAGUUGACCCUCUUUUUGCAUUAGCCCUAGGCCUGACACCUAAAGAGAGACCUGAUAAGAUACAGAAAACUGAUGUUCAGGAUACUCAACAAAGGAAAGACUCAUCAGAGACACAAGAAGAAAUCAUACAAAGACCUCUAUCAAUUUUUCCAAGGAGGAGUAGGAUUAAAACACUCAAAAAGCAUCAAGGCAUCUCUGCAGAACAUGUUAGAAAGAAAUGGUGGUUGCAUUUUGCAAGUGAAAAACUCAAAUACACAGAGUGUACUAGGGAUAAUUCUGUCAGGAACCCUGUUAAGGAAAAAAUGAACAGUGCUUGCUCAUCUACAGAUGCUUUGAACUUACUUGCUGACUUGGCACUCAGUGCCAGUAAUGACCAGGUUCCACCACAACCAGACCCAGCACUUGAGAGAAAACCUGAGACAAGUUUGAAGAAAUGUGACCUUACAAAAGAUGUUACCAGUGCUGAACAAGAGUCAGUUCUUCAUACUCUGCUUAGACAGGCUGCUGCUAAACCCAUUCAGCCUCUUGAGUCUCCUUCACCAAGCCAUCUUGUGGGAGGCAGUGAAUUGGUUGGUUUGGUAACUAAAGAACAUGCUUACUCAUUGCCCCCAUCUUCCUCUCUACUGUUGGGUUUGUCAGGUACACCCUUCCAGGUAUCCCCUUUAAGUGGUUCUACUAGACUCCUGCACCAUCACCAGACAAUGUAUGGCGAUGGAAUUAAAACACUACAACCCUCUGUCGGCCAGGAAGACAGAAGUGAACACAACCACAGGACUCCAGAAUACCUAAAUAAACACAGGGCACGCAGCAGAAAGUUCAGGCACUGCCGUACCUUUGAUAACAAGGAUGGGUCUGUCCAAGUCACAAAGCAAUGGAAAAAAACCUAUGACUUUAAUCUAGACAGCAAGUUUACAAAUGACUCAAAGGAGAGAACUAUCAUCCGAGCCUUGCAUGGCCCAUGGGAUUUCUCCAUUCAAGACACCAGUGAAGAGGUGCAGCUCAUCGUCCACAUAUGGAUAGGUCUGUUCUACAGCCGGUCAACAGACAGGUUCUUUCAUGUUGACUCGAACUGUACAUACCCAUGUUCAGAAGAGAGUGAUUCUUUGGAAAAGUCCAGUGGAAUGGUGUUAGCCCCAGCUCAGCCUGAACUCAAGGCCAAUUCAUUUGCUCCUUUCCUGAGUGUUACAGACUCUUCAGACCCCUCGAUUUCAAAAGCUUUGGACCUCAGCAAAAAAGAUAACUCUGUCUUGGACCAAGGAUCUAUGAUUUUGGACUUGUCACUGAGAGACUCCAAUGCAGAGAUUGUCACUUCAGAUCCAAAAGUCAACAGAAAACAGGCUUCUGUGGAUGGUGAAUGGAAAGAAGCUAGUGAGACACUGAACACACUCAAGUCAGCAGUAGGACUACAGGAGGCAAGCACAUCUCAGUGUAACAGAAAGAUUGUACACUCCACAGAGAUUAUCAAUGAGGUGAAUGAUGUCAGAAGCACCUAUGAAAAUAAGAGGACUUGUACCCCUUUGCAAAAAGCUGGUUGCCAGGAGCACACUGAUGUACCAUCUGUACCAUCUUUUAAAGGUGAUGAAACAUUCAUUCCUGUACAGGAAGAGACAGAAAGUGUAUCUGUUCAGCCAGAAAACCAUGAGACUGCUUCAGGAAUUGGUCAUGUGUUACAUGGAUGCAACAAUGAGAAGACAGAUAUGAAAGAUGGCAUUGAAAAUUCAGAAGCUACAGAGAUGAGUUUAGUGCAAAAACAUGGAACUGAUUCAUCCAAAUCUGUGACCGGCAAAGAGGUGGACUCCAACAAAGAAGCAGGUGAUGUGGUUCAUACAGUUGAGCAUGAUGAAAUUGAAUCCAAAGAUGGGGAAAACUGGGAAGUGAAAGAAAAGUCAUAUCAAGAAGUCAAUAUUGAACUUUCUCCAAAAAUGAUUCAUACAGGUGAUGAUUCAACAAAUGCAGAAUCAAGUAUAGUCUGCAAUGGAAAUCUUUUGGAAAAUGAGAAGCAGUUGUCUAUGGAGGAACCUAAAGCAGUCUCGCCAGGCAAGGCUGAAAAUGUUAAUGAAGAUGUGGAUUGUUGUACAGUACAUGAAGAUAAAGUGAUCGAAGAUGAUCACUUUGGAAAAGACAAUGGACUUGAUGAGAAAGACAGUUGCGUUUCAGCGGUGGAAGCUGACAGUGAUUUGAGUGAUCAGCCAUUACCUAUGAUGUGUGAUGGCCCACACUCAGUAGAGAAGGAUUGCAUCACAGAAUGUAAUCGCCAAGUACCACUGUAUGAGCAACCACCUCAAGCAGGCAACGGAGAAGAUGCCUGCCAUGAUUUGCAGUUGAGAAGGCUGUGUGCAAAUGGCAGUGCGCUGACAGAUGAACAUGCCAUUUCAGAAAAAGCUCCUCACUCUCCAUCAGAAAUGGAGCCUAUUUAUAAUGAAUCUGCAGUUGAGGAGAAUUCUGAAAAUGACAUUUGUUUGGCACAUAAGGCACAUUAUCAGAAGGCAGCAUCACCCAUAUCUGAUGAGAGCACCUGUUCAUUAGAUGGGUCUAUUCCCCAGACAAAUGACAGUGUUGAAACAGGAAGCCAAAACAAAGUAAUGGCAAACUUCAGUCUAAGUAGUGAUGAUCAUGAAGAUCAGGAUAUCAAAUCAAAUGAGGGAGAGCAAAAGGUUGAUAACACAACUAAAAAAGAACUAAUUCAUCAUCGGUCUCAUUCACCUCAGUGUGAGGUUAUAAAAAGGUGUGAAGCUGAAGUGGCAUUGACUAAAGAAACAGAUCUGAAAAGCGACGAAACAAAUGAGGGAUUGGAAAAGAUCCAUAGUGCGGUUGUAAUUCCAUUUAUUGGAAUAGACACCUCCGGAGAGGAUACAGUACAACCACAUGACCUACACUCACAAGGCAAGGUUGAAGAAGUUGUUGAAGGCCAGAAAGAAAUACUGUUUAUCAAUGAAACCACCUACCCUGAAACUGUCCUACCCACAGAGCUAUGCAGUACAUCUCAAAUGUACAGUAAAAAGGCAGAACUGUCUACUGGCAAAAUAUCACUAUCACUUCUUGAUGUAAAUGAAACCAACCAGCCAGAGGUCUCGGGAAGUGAGUCUGAUGAGCGGUGCCCUACCCCAACUAUGGAUGAGAAACCAUAUGAGUACUUAACUUGUUCUGGCCCCAGUAGUAGUAGUACUUCUGCUUUUAGUGGUAGUGACGCCUGCAACAUGACUCAGAAAUGUCUUAGCAGAAUCUCACCAUCUAUAAAGGAUAAGAUGCCUCUUGAGCAAAAACUUGGUCACAAGUCUACAAUUAACAGUGAUCCCAACCCUCAUCAUGAUCUUCACCCUGAUGUUGAACUAAAAGCUCUAAGAGUUCUACAAAGUAUAGACAUGUUCCUCUCCAAAUCAAGCCACACUGACAAAUCCAGACAGAUUGAAACAGCUGAAAUGAAACAGUCUCUUGAUCAAACCCCUAACCCCAGCAUCAAGCACAUCCCCAGUUGCUUAGCCCCAAGCCACACCUCAGCUGACUUUAAGGACAAGGAAAUAAGCAAUACAAAGCCAGCAGUGGUGUCUGCCUCUACCUCACAAGAACUGCACACAGAAUCAUCAGGUCACUUUCUUAUUUCACCUUUCUCUAAAUUAGAGGAAGUACUCGGUGUUAGGUUGCAGCUAAAGGAAACUGACUCAGUUCAUCAACACUGUUUUGAAAGAACAGAUAUAUUACAGGACGAAACCUCCAUAGGACAAGAUUAUUGUCAUCCCCACAGAUCCUUUCCCUCUGAGUGUUUGCAAGCCAUUAAACCAAAUAUUGACCAAGAUAGACAUAAAACAACAUCACAGACAAAUUUAAGUAAUGAACCACGUUCAUUCAGUCAGCGUCCUGUCAUGGCUGUGAAACCAUCCAAGAGUGACGAUAUUCAAGCCGAUUGCAUCUCUAAAGACAGAGAAAUUGAAAACUCUGUAAUGUCAAUUUUUUUCAAAAGUAAACUGACUAAAACCCCCACAGUCACAUACACCACACCAGCUUCCAUGCUCUUGGAGAAAAAGACAGAAACUCUUAAGGGAAAUUCUGAACAACUAAAUGAUGAUAAGCAAGAAGCCAGUGAGCUUUCUUCCAAGAGCAGUUGUUUAUCAAAUGUUAGUGACAGUAAGUCUAACUCAGAUAAAGCUAAAUUUGUACUUCUAGAUCCUCUCUAUCAGUAUGAAGGAAGGGAAAUUACAAAAUUCAACAAGAUUCCUUCAUCAUCUCUCCCUGUGCAGUCUUUUGACUCUGCAAAAACUUCCUCUAAACUUGUUGAUGGAAACCAAGGUUUUUUGAUAAAUAGUUUAGUUGAGAAAGUUGGGCAAACAACUAAAGAGAGCAUUGAGAUGGAUCAGAAAGACUGCUCAGAUGCAUCAACAUCAGUUGCAGAUUACAAAGAUGAUAGCACAAUAGAUGGCAGUCUCUUCCUGGGACCGCAAAGCUCACUUACAUGUACAGUCUAUAACACCAGCCAGAAGAGAUCUUAUUCUUUUCUAGAGCAGGUUUCUCAGAGGUGCCUACAAGAUGACCUCACUCAGGCGUCAAUGGAACAGGAGUGCCUUAUCUUCUCAGAACAAAUGAAACAGCUUCUGAAAAGAUGUACGAAAGGACCCGUUUGCCAAUCGGACACACAUGACAAAUUGAAUUUGUCUUGCUCCAGUCCUGUGACUGUGCACUUUUCCAGUCUAGAAGAGCAGGAGGAUUCAGUGGAUCACUUGGACUCACUGUCACUUGUUGGACAAAAAAUCAAGGUAGACAUGUCUGACAGGAAAGACAUGACAGACACAACAGAGGGAGAAAAGACUUCCUCAAGGCAUCCUCAGAAAUUAUCUCAAGGAACAGGCAACCCAAUGGAACAUGCUAGAGUGACUGCAGAAUGUGCCAGGCUGUACGAAGCAAUGAUGAAUGAUGUUUGUGCUGUCAAAAAGGUCCCAUCUAGACCUAAGCACUUCACAAUGGACAGAGGUUACCCAAAGACUGAACCAAGUAACCAUUUUGACUUCUGUGAUCAAAUGAAGAGAGAGAUGGAUGAGAGUUUUCGCAGUAAUCUGAAUUCAGUUGUGAAGAAAUCCUGUAAAACAAAGUACAGCUUCUACAUAUUAGUGACAUCAGAGGAUGCGUUCUUUGAGGAAACCAAGGCACAGUUGGAGGCAGAGGGCCAUACUGCUGUACAGCCAUCUGAGUUCUUUGUUGAAGAUAGUUCUUCAUCGCUACUCAUCAUCCUCAGGAAUGAAGACAUUGCAGAGCACAUUUGUGAGGUCCCACAUUUGCUCGAAAUGAGGAAGUCACCAGGUGUGCAGUUUGCUGGAAUUGACGAACCAGAUGACGUUGUGAAUCUCACCCAUCAGGAGCUCUUUACAAGGGGUGGUUUUAUAAUGAUCGACAGAGCAGCACUGGAGCCCCUCAGCCUUUGCAACAUGAAAACAAUGUCAGAAAAACUGCAACAGCUAAGCAGAACAGGGAAGUGGAAAUGGAUGUUGCACUACAGAGACAGCCGUCGGCUGAAAGAAAAUGCGAGGUUGAGUGCAGAGGCAAAAGAGAAGAAGCGCUUCCUAGACUGGUGCCAAGAAGCUGGAAUAAUGGAGGUGUUACCUUACCAUGAGUGUGACCUCAUGUCAAGAGACCAGCCUGACUAUCUCACAUGUUUGGUCCGUUUGCAGGUCCAGAAUAUAUCAGCCCGUUACCCUGUUUUUAUAACUGAUACAACAACAGACAGCACAUUUGGAAGGAAUGGAAUUUUAACAAUGACUUUCAACUCUUUCCUGACUUCUCCAAGCGAAACAUUUUCAGUCUGACCUGAAAAAGUCAGACGGACAAACUUCAGUUGUGCUAAUUCAAGUACACAACAGACAAACACUCACUGGAUGUGAGAAGAGACCAGUAAUUUACCAGUAAUGGUGAUUCCAAACAUACUACAUUUUAUUAUUUUUCUUUGGUACAUCAGUUCAGCUAUUUUGUAUGCAGCAAUAAUUAUUGAUUUAUGAUUUGACAUGUUUUUUUUGUCCAUGCUGUUCAUUUUGUAAACUAAGUUAUCAUUCAAUUAAUGGAUAGAGUGACUAAUGCCAGUAUGCAGGCAGGUGUACUGUAUAUACUGUAUUUUUAUUGUAAACUUGUUAAAGUGAUUUUUUUACAUUGUGCAUAUGUUGUCUUUUUCCUUAGUCUUGACUUUUUGACUAUACAUCUGUAACACAAUCAUUAGUGUUUGUUUGAUUAUUAUUUUUUUGUGGUCUUAUUUUAGGUAAAAAAUGAUCGUGGUACUUUAUUCAAGCCUUGCCUCAAAGCUAAAGAAGGCUGAUUUUAAGUGGUGUGUAUUUGACAUAUUUAAGUAUACUACUGUACAUUUAUGGUUGCUGACAGUAAGUCUUAACUCUGAGUGUUGAAUUGUUUGAGCACAACAAUUUAACAUCACUAAGAGCUAAAUAUGUUUAGUUUUCAUGGCAUUCACUAUGUACAGCACAACGACUGAAAAUAAAGAGGGUUUUUUUUCAUUG